GUGCAUUAACAAAUGGGCUAUUGACAUGAUGGCUGUCAUCGAGUUCCCUUUCUCCCUUUCCCUCCAAAUUUACAUAACAGGAUUUCGAUCCUGCAUGCAGAUGCGCGCACGCACGAAGUCGUAUUUGUUUCGAAAGGUAGCAAAGGACAGCGGUGCGCAUGUCCCUGUUGGGUGCAAC